UAAAGAGAAAAGAACAUUUGGGAUAAAGAUUAAAGCCACUACCUUCAGCUCUUAACAAGCAAUCAAAGUAACUCAAAAAUAAUACUGCACCCUGAAGCAGACCCAUUCCACUCUCUCCCUUUUCUCUGCCUGUGAGAGUGUGUGAACUUUUUCAUGGAGAAUUUUAGAUCUAUGUCCACUAGAGAAGGUAGGAUGCAGAUGGAGAGCUAUCAUGGAGACGGAUCAAAUCCAACCAAUAUGCAUGAUCUGAGAAGUUACAGUACUUCUUAUGUUUCAUCUGUGCAGCCACCUCAUAUGGGUAAGGAGGUGAUCAAGAUCAAAAAAGGCAAGAGCAGUGUUGGACCUGCUUUAAAAAGUUGGAGUUUCAAUGAUCCUGAGUUGCAGAGAAAGAAGAGAGUUGUUGGGUACAAGGUCUAUGGAGUGGAGGGUAAGAUGAAGGGUUCUCUAAGGAAGAGCUUCAGGUGGAUCAAGGACACUUUCAAUGGAUUGUGGUGAUUUUUGGGCUUUGUGAACUGUGAUGCUGUAAAUGACGUUGUGGAAGGCCGAAACAUAGUAUUACUCUCUGAGGUGAUUCAACUUUACCUUUUGAUAGAAGCAGUGAGCAUUUUAUCAUUAGCGAAUGCUGUUCCAUGCUCCUCACUGACCUCUGUAGGUGUUUGUUCUAAGCUGAGAAGCCUGAGCUUGUGUCAUUGUGAUCUCUCGAUUUUGCAAGUGUAAAACACCUUUUUAGGUUCCUUUUUUCCCUUAGCAGAAUAUAUAUCUCCAUGAGCACACCUUC